AUGCCCACUCAUAUCAGCGUUUUACCAGAAGCCGUUCUCGACGUGUUGUGCGUGCAAAUAGAUGAGCAGAUCCGACCACAGCUGGAACUGUUACGCCUCCCCCAUCCUCGGACGGGUAUUUUAUCGCUCUUUUUACCCUUUGAGACUGCCAACAGCCAGUCGUCGAUUCUCGAACUCCAGAAUGUGGCUCCGACUGCGCGUAGGAGCUGGUUUCAUGAUGGCGAAGUCCUAUCAGGCGACCUCUUGUUGAUGACACCGCUUGAUCCUGUUUUUCUCCUGGUUCCAUUCCUAAGGGCUGUUUCUCCACAAGACGGGUCUUUAGGCAACUUUCGCACGUUAGACGACAUAUUUGAAGAUGCGUCGGUAAAGCUAGGGAAAGAGGGUGAUACUAGUUCGGACGCUCCGAUCGAGUUAGUUCCAGGUGACAUUUUGGAGCUGUCCCGUUUUGCAUGCAUUCAUGAUGCGAUGCGUCGAAUAUGCGACACGAAAGAUGUCGCGUCUGAUCUUGUCGUGUUCCGAUAUUCCCAUUCGAAAUUACUGGGCUACUUGGAGAAAAAAGCUACGCGCCUUGCAGAAGGGAAUUUGCUUGGAAAGUUGCGUACCCUUGAACGUGAACUGGCAAAGGAUGGCUUGAUGGAAGAUGGGAAGGAAGACCUUCUACGAUCUGGACGAAUAAAGCUUGCGUGCGAUCUAAUUUCCCAGUAUCUCGCACCAGAUAUUUACCAAGAACUGUUGAAGAGAUUCGAUUUCUCUGCGCUUACCGCCCAUAUUACUGCCCUGAGGGAGGCAGAUGCUGUACAUGAGACAUCGACCACAAACAGUGCUGCACAGAAAGCACAGAUCAACGAAAGUCAGAAUGGAAAGAAACGUAAAGCCGGAGGACGGGAAUCUACCGGAAUCGCGAAAUUAAAGAAAGCUAAUAUCAACGGCAUGUCAAAGCUGUCGUCUUUCUUUCAAAAGAAAUCGUGA